CCCUUGACGGUUCAACUAUGACUGGACUCACCCCAGAGGAGCAUGUUGCAUACCCGAUAUCUGGCGGUUUCGUGGCUAUUACCCUACGCUUUCGUACGCACGGCACGAAUACAGUCGAGCUGAUGUUUGUUGGGGAUGGUUUUCAAAAUAAAUAUGUUCUAAAAGUGGCUGGAUCGACACCUCUGACCUUCACCCUGGAUAACUCGUCACCUGUUACCGUUCUCGGAGACCUGCCGGCCAAUCUCGAUCUUCAAUUUUGGGUGGAUUUCAGCUCCGAUAAAUUUGUUGUCGGCAUGGGAUCGGAACACUUAAUAACUAUUGAUCAUACCAUAACGACUGUCUCUCGGAUGAUCAUUUCGCCUGGAAGUGCCACAGUUGUCAGUGCCAGUGUUUGCAGCAUGCGAGGUAGGCCUCACAGUACUUCAUUGGUGGACUUAUAGGGGAUGCACAAGGGUAUGUACCCCUUGUUGACCUUGAUCAAUACAGGUGCAAGGCAUGGGGGGGGGGGGGCGGUGCUAAAAAUUAAAUCUAUCUUAAAUGUUUGAGAUCUGAAAGUUUGUUAUAAUCUAUCUCAGACUAAUUUAAAAAUGAAAAUUAAAGCUCAUCAAAAGACUUUCAGACAAGACAUAAGAAAAAUAUAAAAUUUAUUGACUAACGUUUCGUUGUAUUGUUCACAACAUCUUCAGAGCAAUUAAACUUAUUUAAUAAACUUAUUUAUUAAACUUAUUUAUUUUUUUCUCUGAAGAUGUUGUGAACAAUACAACGAAACGUUAGCCAAUAAAUUUUAUGUUUUUGUUAUGUCUUGUCUUGUCUUGUCUGAAAGUCAUUUACUGGGCUUUAUUAUAUGGCAAGCAUCACUUCCGGUGAAAUGGUGGACUGUGAUUGGCUGAGAAGCACUCUCAGAGGUCCAUUAUUUUCCCGUAAUGGACCGGCGGUCCAUUACGUAAAAACAAACGCGGGCAUUUUAAAAUAAAACAGCGAAACUAAUUGAAAAUUUGAAAAUUAUAAUUUAAUUUGUUAUUAAUAAGAUACCUGCAAAUGGUUUUUAGUGGAAAGGAAGGAAUACAUUGGUAAUGUUUGUUUUCUUCGACCAAAUGUGUAUCACGCUACUAAUAUGCAUUUCAAAUCAUGCAUUUCUUGUUUGUUUCAAGUAUAGAUGCCUAUAAAUGCCAUAUAAUAAACUUUUUAUUAACCUCGCUUGCUUGCAUGUCUUUAGGGACUGUUCGUAAUUUAGCAGGAGGAGUGGGGAGGUGGAAACAGUGGGGGGUCUCAUAUUUUUUAGCCUUGAAAAAGGGGGGGUCAUAAAAUAUUAGACAGUUUAUGAAGGCGGGGAGGGGGUCUGCUGUUUUAGUUCAAUUAAUUGUUUUAUACAUGCCUUCUCACAUUUUGUUUGAGUUGCAUUACAUUUUGUUUGAGUUUCUUUAAACUUAGAAUGAAAAGUUUGAAAAAAACUAAAGUUUUAUAUAUGACUAUGUAUUGGUAUAAUAUAAAUUUUAGUAUUUGAUUUAAAGCGCAAUUAGAAAAUUGGAAAAUUUAAGGUGAAAUUAGAAAAUUUAUUGAAUGCAGGGUUUAGUAGUAGGUAGGUACAUUUUUACUGACACGAGCAAGAGAGAGAGGGGGGGGGGGCAUUAUUUUUCCGGGUUAUGUCAAAACAGGGUCACAAAAUAUCAUUCCUUAAAAUUUUGAAUUACACCUCCCCACCCUCCUGAUAAAUUAUGACCAGUCCCUUACAGAGAAAUAUUGGACCUCGGUCUUUUUGUACAAACAUCGCCUGACGGGCUAUGUACAAAAAAUACCUCGGUCCGUUAAUUCUCUGUAAAGACCUCGCGCUCGGUUAAUAAGAAGUUAUUAGUUUUCAUUUUUAAUCGCGCUUUCCAUCCGGUAUAUCAAUCGCUACCAUCUCAGACUAACCUAUUUUGGAAUUCAAGACAGUACUACAGCACUUUUGUUCAAAAUACUAAUAAGUCCAAUAUUAAUAAUUAAUUUAGUUUGAUGAUUGUAUAAAGCAAAUUCUUAAUUUUGCUACAAACGUCUAACAUUUUAAAGGGUAUGGGCAACAAAAAUUGCUUCAUCUAUCUUAUUGCUUCGUCUGAAAGAGCAUGAAAAAAUAAGCCGAUUGGCCGUUUAAUGCUCUAUUCUAUCUCAUCUAGUUCCGAAGUUAUACGCAAAAAUGUGCAAAAUAUAAAUUGCUGAUUCAGCACAACGUGUGACGUCAUUAGCUGGGUAAGUAUGUUUAUUGAAUACUACACUGAAGCAUAGCUCAGUUAUUAUGGGCCCAAAUCAAAUGAAAUUUUGCAUACUGAUUGUACAUGAUGAGACGCAUGGAAAAACACUUCUAAUUUUGUUGCCAAGGUAACAAUGUCGUUCCCAGGCCCCUUGCGCCAAUUUUAUGAAACAGCUUUAUUCAAGGUACUGAUAAAAAUAAAAUAAUAUCAGAAGUAUGUGUAUGAUACCUAUGCAUGCCAAAAGUUUACUUGCAUGAUAAUAAUUCGAAAAUGACAUACACAUAGAUAAAUGCAACUAGUUAUUCAAAAUCAGUGUAAGGGGCCUGGGAACGACUGUGUUGCCUUGACAACGAAAUUAGAAGUAUUUUCCCAUGCGUCUCAUCAUGUACUAUCUGUAUGCAAAAUUUCAUUUGAUUUGAGCCAAUAAUAACUCAGCUAUGCUUUAGUUUACUAUUCAAUAAACAUACUUACCCAGCUUAUGACGUCACAGAAUGUGCUGAAUCAGCAAUUUAUAUUUUGCACAUUUUUGCGUAUAACUUCGGAACCAGAUGAGAUAGAAUAGAGCAGUAAACGGCCAAUCGGCUUAUUUUUUCAUGCUCUUUCAGAUGAAGCAAUAAAAUCAAUACAAAUUUUUUUGUUGCCCAUACCCUUUAAGUAUUUGAUAAUGAAAAUAAAAAUUAGAAAAGCCAUCAAAUAUGAAAAAAUUUCCAUUUCACACUGAAUCACAGUAUCAAAGAAAAUCUGGGAUUUAUAUUUUAUAUAAUUGUUAAAUUAUUUUUAAUAAAUUGACAAUUGAUACCUGGCAAGCCGUCAACAAGUUCAACCUCGCAAGCCAGGGUCUUUUACCUGCGCUGUAGCGCCGUGCGGAAGUAAAAGACCCUGGCUUGCGAGGUUGCAACAUGUUAUGUUCACAGCGUUUUUCUCAAGUUGUCAACAAGUUUGGAUAAGCUGUUAAUAACUUGUAAGACGCUUGAUGGCAUUAUCAGACUUGUUGCAAGGUUGUUCCAACAAGUCUGAUACAGUCAUGAUAUAACAAUAUUGUUACAACCUUGUGUUGUCAACCUUGUAACAUUCUUGUUAUAUCAUGACUGUAUCAGACUUGUUAGAACAACUUUGCUACAAGUCUGAUAAUGCCAUCAAGCUUGUUACAAGUUGUUAACAGCUUGUUCCAAACUUGUUACAACAACUGGGAACAAGUAGUGCGAGCACAACGUGUCGACAGCUUGUGAACAGAUACACACGUAAAAACGCUUACACAAAAAACAGAUACACACGUAAAAAGUUGUAACAAACCUGCAGCAGACUUGUAGCAAUGCUGCUCCAGCAACUUGUCAACAGGAUGAGUUCGCACUGCUUGUUCCCAGCUUGUUGACAAGUUGUCAACGGCUUGUUGACAACUUGCUACAAGGUUGUUGAGUUCAACAGACUUGUUACAAGUUGUUCCAACAACUUGUUAUCUUCCUACAAUUCAACAAUUUAUCAACAAGUUGGGAGUGACAACCUCGUGGCAACUUGAUAAAAUAACAACAUUGUUACAACUUGUUGACAAGCUAUGAGAUUUUUACGUGUGUAUGUUACAACGUAUUUCUCUAGGUACGUGUUUGGAGGAUGCCCGCCAUCACUGGCCAAUGGACAAGCUUGAUGGUGGUGGUAUUGGAGAUAUAGCAGGCAGUCAUCAUGGUCGCGUCGAAACUGGGGGGGAAAUAGUGAAUACAGGACCUAUUGUUCACAAUGGAUUCAGAACAGCUGCAAUUGCAUUGAAAGAAAGCGAUCGUGGCACUAUUGAUCUGGGAGAUUUGUCUGAAUUACAAAUGAUGAAUUUAGAUUGGGCUGCAGGUUAGUAUGCAUUGUGUUGUGGUUGGGUUAAGUACGGGUUGUGUUGUGUUUAUAGUUGUGUUGUGGUUGUGUUGUGUUAAAAGUUGUUUUUGUGUUGGGUUAUAUUGUGUUAGGUUUGUGUUAUGUUGUGUUUGUUGUUGUGUUGUGUUAGGUUUGUGUUGUGUUGUGUUUAUUGUUGUGUUAGGUUUGAGUUAUGUUGUGUUGUGUUUAUAGUUGUUUUUGUGUUGGAUUUGUGUUAGGGUUGUGUUGUGUUGUGUUGUGUUGUGUUGUGUUGUGUUGUGUUAGAUUUGUGUUGUAUUGUGGUUGUGCUGUACUGCUGUGUUUAUAUUGUUUACACAAAAACAUUUGUGUUGUGUUAGGUUUGUGUUGUGUUAGGUUUGUGUUGUGUUGUGUUGUGUUGUGUUGUGUUGUGUUUGUGUUUGUGGUUGUGUUGUGUUGUGUUGUGUUCUUGGCCUCAUUUCUUUGACUGAAAUUGAAUAGAGUUGUUGAACCUGAACUAGGCGUUUGUACUGCAUCGCUCGAAAUGUCGAAUUUCUCCUUGUAUUUUUCAGGUAGUUGCAAGUUUUGUUAAUUAGUAUUAAGUUUGUUUUCUUGAAUUUUAGGCUGGACGUUCUCCUUCUGGCUUCGUUUUGACACAUUGAAAAAUUUAACUGGCGAUGCUACCCGUUAUUGCCCAGUGAUGGAGGUCCUUGGAUAUUUUACUAUGGUCCGUCUUGCGACAAAUGAAUUGGUUUUUGUGUUUCAUAAAGACGCAACGAAAUACAAGUACGUAUAAAGUCUGGUGUACUAGGCCAAGCUAUCUUUAUUUAGACUACAUACCUUUUUAGUGAAGAUUAAGCUUUCCAUUAUUGAUCCAGUGUUACUGCAGGAGGGAACCUAAACUAUACUAAUUUUAUUUAUACUGGAUAGCUCUAUCAGUUCUAAACUGUUCUUCUUAGAGGUUCAGUAAGGAUCAUCUCUUAUUGCCCAGUGCUACUACAGGAGGAAACCUAAACUAAACUAAUUUUAUUUAUACUGGAUAGGUCUAUCAGUUCUAAACUGUUCUUCCUAGAGAUCCACUAAGAAUCAUCUCUUAUUGCCCAGUGUUACUACAGGAGGAAACCUAAACUAUACUAAUUUUGUUUACACUGGAUAGCUCUAUCAGUUCUAAACUAUCUUUCUAGAGGUCCAGUAAGGAUCAUCUCUUAUUGCCCAGUGUUACUACAGGAGGAAACCUAAACUAAACUAAUAACUAAUAACUACACCAACACAGAAAAAAAAUAAAAAUUCUAAACUAAACUAAUUUUAUUUAUACUUGAAAGCUCUAUCAGUUCUAAACUGUCUUCCUAGAGGUCCAGUAAGGAUCAUCUCUUAUUGCCCAGUGUUACUACAGGAGGAAACCUAAACUAAACUAAAUUUAUUUAUACUGGGAAGCUCUAUCAGUUCUAAACUGUCUUCCUAGAGGUCCAGUAAGGACCAUCUCUUAUUGAUCCAAUGUUACUACAGGAGGAAAUCUAAACUAAACUAAAUUUAUUUAUACUGGAUAUUUCUAUCAGUUCUAAACUGUUCUUCCUAGAAGCCCAGUAAGGAUCAUCUCUUAUUGAUCCAGUGUCACUACAGGAAGAAACUUAAACUAAAGUAACUUUAUUUAUACUGGAUAGCUCUAUCAGUUCUAAACUGUUCUGCCUAGAGGUCCAGUAAGAAUCAUCUGUUGUUGAUCCAGUGUUAGUACAGGAGGAAACCUAAACUAAACUAACUUUAUUUAUACUAGAUAGCUCUAUCAGUUCUAAACUGUUCUCCUUAGAGGUCCAGUAAGAGUCAUCUCUUAUUGAUCCAGUGUUACUACAGGAGGAAACCGAAACUAAACUAACUUUAUUUAUACUUGAUAGCUCUAUCAGUUCUAAAAUGUUCUUCCUAGAGGUCCAGUAAGGAUCAUCCCUUAUUGAUCCAGUGUUACUAAAGGAGGAAACCAUUUACCCCAGCCAAUCCUAGUUUUUUCUAACAGAUAGUAUCGCUAAUCAAUUCUUUAAAUUGAAGUAAAAAUACAAAAUUUCGGCCAACACCUCCGCUUCACCUCAGUUCUCGCUCCAAAUAUAUAUGGAGGUCAAUGGGUUCAUCACAUGACACGAUGACGUAUUUAUUAUAGAGUUUUAUACAAUGGUCUUGUGACUACUAAUACAUGGACUCACUGGACCCUUACUUGGUUGAACAAUGAAAAACUCACUGUCUAUCGUAAUUUGGUCGGGGUGUGGCGUUCCCACUACUAUACGCAUGAUAUUUGGUGGUUUGAUGGAGUGCCAAGGCUUAGAAUAGGAUGUCCUGCACGUCUAAACAUUCCCGAAUUUGUUUGUGACGAUAUCAGUAUUGCUGACGUGGUAUUUUGGGACCGUAGACUGAGCUCGCAAGAGUUGGUGAACAAGUUCCAGUGCUCUGGUUAUCGCUUUGGUAUGAGUAGUUGAAUAUGAUUAUUUUCAUAGUACGUGAUGUUACUCUGAGUGACCCACACGUAACGCACAACUUGUGACAAACCUGCAGCAGACUUGUAGCAAUGCUGUUCCAACAACUUGUCAACAGGAUGUGUUUGCCGUGCUUGUUCCCAGCUUGUUGACAAGUUGUCAAUUGCUUGUUGAUAACUUGUUACAAGGUUGUUGAGGUCAACAGACUUGUUACAAGUUGUUCCAACAACUUUGUCAUCGUCCUGCAAUUCAACAACUUUGAACAAGUCGUGAGUGACAACCUUGUAGCAACUUGAUAAAAUAUCAACAUUGUUACAACUUGAUGUUUGUGGCGUUACUCUGAGUGUGUAUCCACACCGGGCAUGCUGAAAAGUUUGCCUGACCCCACGGUGGGAAUCGAACCUGCGACCUUUGGGAUACUAGUCCAAUGCUCUACCAACUAAGCUACGAGGUCAAGUCGGUUCGAGUUGGUGAUAUUUCGGAAUUGAGUCUAGUUCCUUCGAUAUCAAUGUAUUACAACUUGUUGACAAGCUUGCUACAGGCCUUUUGCGAGAUUUUUACGCGUGUAAGCGAAAACAUUGCUUCACCGUGGUGGGAUCAAACCCUAAAGUUGUGAAUUUUGUAUAAACAAAAUUUAGCCAAAUUUGUCAAUUGGAGACCCUCGUUAAUAUUAAUUAUUUCCAACUCGUUUCCAGGUCAAGCUAACUCACUCGACAUUGGAAGUGGUCAGACGUUGGACAGUGGCAUGACAGCUUCGUCUCAUCUUCUCUCUGAUUCUAGUGGGGAAAAUGGCUGGUUUCCUCACUACGCUCGCGCCGGCUUGCAGGCGUUGAACUCUGGUUAGUUUUAGGAAUGAUUUUCCAAAUUACCAUCACAAAAUAACAUGCGUCGGGGGGUAGGCACGGGGAUUGGGGAUGUGGACCCCCCUCCCCCCGCCACCACUUUUCCUGAGAACCUAUUUUGUAAUUCUCACAAAGUUGAAGAGAAACUGGGUGGGGGCUUAACCUCGUAACGCUUUCAUCUAUGACCUAAAAUAUAACAAAUCUGUGACUUUGGGGUUAUCAUAAGACGUGUCUUAAAGGAUUGGUGUCACACCUGGAAUUCGCUGGCUCAAACUCCUGCUGGCGGCCAUUUUACGGGACGAAUAGAUUAGAUGAUCUGGAAAAUGUUUACAAUCCGUUGAAUAUUUAAACCAUCCUUUUAUAAUCCUUGCUCUUUUUGUCUGAUUUUUAUCAGAAAUGUACCAAACAAGGUUUUUUUAUCGCUAUUUGUUGUAUUUGAGUGAAAUGUAAACAAUAACAAAAGCCCGCAAUGUAUGACCCUGACAUUAAUCCUUUAAAGGGAAAUGGCAAUUGACGCAUUGCAUUGACGUCACAAAUCCUUAGAGUGUCCUCCAGAUGCUCCCUAACAAUAUCUGUUCGGUACAACAACCAUAUACAGCGCAAAAAUUAACCAUUUUAAUACAAAAUUAUUAUAAACUUUUACGAAAUUUGCUUUGUUUACAAAAGUUAUAUUAUGCAUAGAUUGCUAAUUUGUCCUCCAGAUGCAUCGUCACUGGCACUGUGAUGUCAUGUGCAAUGGGUCUAUAUAAAUAUUCGUUUCUGACCAAAUAUUGAUUGGCUUUGAGUGAUCUUGAUAUUUCGUAGCCUGCGAGCAGGCUAGAUAUUUCGAAGGACAGACAGAGUAUAGUUUUGAGUGCAAAAUGAUUGGUGGUUGUCUAGAUAAAAAUAUUGCGUGACUUCUGUUGUGACGUGACAUGACAUGCAUAUCUACAAAAAUUGAAGAUGGCGGACAUUUAAUUUCUUUCGAUCAAAAUAUUUGUAGAAGUAAGCAAGAUAUGAAAGGGAAAACGGUAAAAGAAUAUUAUAUAUAGUCUUAAAAGUUCUUUCAAAUGAGAAAAUAAAAAAUGUAUUGCCAUUUCCCCCUAAAUUCACGCAAUACCCUUUCACAGACCCUAGAAAACCUUUCCGGGGGAAUAGAAAACCUUUGCGAACACAUUGUGAGAUUGUUACUUGUGUAAUUCACAGCCAAAUCGUAAACGUCGUCUGAACUCAAACCUAAUCCAAACCUCAAUAUUUGUUCCUACUAGAUGCGUGGUCGCCAUCGCGUUUGGACGAAGACGCAUACCUUCAGGUGGAUUUGAACCAAUGGGUUAAAGUCACCGAAGUGGCCGUUCAAGGAAGUUUUGAAGCUGAAGGAUGGGUUACUGGUUAUUCCUUGAGUUAUAAACAAAAAACCGCUCCAUGGAAGUUUGUUCCAUAUAUAACAAAUCAUUCCGUUGAGGUUUGUGUUAUUUCUCCAUGUGCGACACCAUGCAUAUAUUCUGUGAAAUCUACGUAUGUUCUGUGAAAUCUGCAUAUGUUCUGUGAAAUUUGCAUAUGUUCUGUGAAAUCUGCAUAUGUUUUGUGAAAUCUGCAUAUGUUCUGUGAAAUCUGCAUAUGUUUUGUGAAAUUUGCCUAUAUUCUGUGAAAUCUGCAUAUGUUCUGUGAAAUCUGCAUAUGUUCUGUGAAAUUUGCAUAUGUUCUGUGAAAUCUGCAUAUGUUUUGUGAAAUCUGCAUAUGUUCUGUGAAAUCUGCAUAUGUUUUGUGAAAUUUGCCUAUAUUCUGUGAAAUCUGCAUAUGUUCUGUGAAAUCUGCAUAUGUUCUGUGAAAUUUGCAUAUGUUCUGUGAAAUCUGCAUAUGUUUUGUGAAAUCUGCAUAUGUUCUGUGAAAUCUGCAUAUGUUUUGUGAAAUUUGCCUAUAUUCUGUGAAAUCUGCAUAUGUUCUGUGAAAUCUGCAUAUGUUCUGUGAAAUUUGCAUAUGUUCUGUGAAAUCUGCAUAUGUUUUGUGAAAUCUGCAUAUGUUCUGUGAAAUCUGCAUAUGUUUUGUGAAAUUUGCCUAUAUUCUGUGAAAUCUGCAUAUGUUCUGUGAAAUCUGCAUAUGUUCUGUGAAAUUUGCAUAUGUUCUGUGAAAUCUGCAUAUGUUUUGUGAAAUCUGCAUAUGUUCUGUGAAAUCUGCAUAUGUUUUGUGAAAUUUGCCUAUAUUCUGUGAAAUCUGCAUAUGUUCUGUGAAAUCUGCAUAUGUUCUGUGAAAUUUGCAUAUGUUCUGUGAAAUCUGCAUAUGUUUUGUGAAAUCUGCAUAUGUUCUGUGAAAUCUGCAUAUGUUCUGUGAAAUCUACGUAUGUUCUGUGAAAUCUGCAUAUGUUCUGUGAAAUUUGCAUAUGUUCUGUGAAGUCUGCAUAUGUUUUGUGAAAUCUGCAUAUGUUCUGUGAAAUCUGCAUAUGCACGAAGUUUUACAUUUGAAUUAAGGCCUAUUUCCACUCAAGAAGAAUUUCCACGGGCAGAAAAUGUUCCGAAAAUAUCAUCGUUAAAAGUUGAAAAUUUUCAACUUCAAAAAAUUUUUUUCCGCCAAUCACAUUUUACAAAAUUUUCUUUCGGCGGAAAAUUUUCCUGAGUGGAAAUGGGAAAUUUUUAUUUUUGAAUUUUGCUCCCAGGAAGAGAAAUAUAUUUUCUGGGCCUGCAGCAGUAGUUGGUCAUUUGCUGUUGUUGUUGUUGUUGUUGUUGUUGUUGUUGUUGUUGUUGUUGUUGUUGUUGUUGUUGUUGUUGUUGUUGUUGUUAUUGUUGUUGUUGUUGUUGUUGACAUGACGGACAUGAGGGACUGUACGAUUGACGUUUACGACAAACUGCUUACCGCAAACGGCGAAUUUCAAGUCAAUUUCAAUCGUAAUUUGAAGUCAACUGUUAGCUGUUCGAAGUUAGAGCAACUUGUGCACUAAAACUGAAGCGUGAAUUAUCGUUUCAUGUCACGCAAUCACGAAACCUAAUCCAAUCCCUAACCCUAACCUCCUGACUAAUCAUAUUCCGUGACUACGUGACUUAAAGUCCCUAUUACGCAUCUUGACAGGCUUGGCUGUAUGUAACCUGUGGUCCUCGUAUAUCAAUUGAAAGUACAUCCACUACCUCAGAUGGCCUUCCUACG